ACACAAGUAAUGUCCCCUUCUUAUCCUUAACAUAACAUCAUAUAAACCAAUUCUUCAUUUGAAAGAAAAAAAGAAGAAAGAAAAAAACCAAACACUAUGGCACUUCUGUGCUUCAAUUCCUUCACACUCACCCCUCUUACAUCUUCUUCCUCCAUUUUCCCUCAUCCCACAGCAAGCCCUAUUUCUAGAGUACAAAUUGGUGUGCCCACCAACUGUUUGAAGGGAGUUCGAAUCUCUACACCCAUUGUUGUGAAUCCGAGAAAAAAUGCAAUUUUUAUUGCAUCGGCUGCUGCUGCUGAUGAUGAUGAUGCUAGUGUUGCAGAUGCAGUAGAAGGAAGUGAGAGCAAAAAAGAGAGUGGUGUUGUUUCUGUAGAUAAGCUUCCAUUAGAAUCAAAAUUGAAGGAGAGGGAAGAGCAGAAGGCGAGGAUGAAGCUUGCCAAGAAGAAAAGGUUGAGGAGAAAGAGGCUUGUUCAAAAGAGGAGGUUGAGGAAGAAGGGUAAUUGGCCACCUUCCAAGAUGAAAAAAUUGAAAAAUGUUUAAUAUAUGUUUGCAGGUUUAAUCCUAAUUUGUUAUUGUUCUGGUUAUGCCCUUGUUGUCAUUGUUUUUUUUUCUGGUGUAUUUUGACAAUUUUGUUCAUUUUCAAUCAAGAAUUUUAGUUUAUGUAUUGUAAGAUUCCUUCUGUUUGGAUAAUGUUGAAAUAGGGGGUUUGAUUUGAAA